AUGUCGAAACGAAAACGGGACGACGAGCCGGAAAGCGGCGCUGUGAAGAUUUACAAAGACUACAGGAAACUGCGACAAAUAGUCGGUGCCUUCAACGAAAGCUCCGAGCAACUUGCGAAAGCGUUCAAAACAGCCAGAGGAUUCGAGCGACAAAAGCUAGGCCGACGAAGGAAGAAUGCUGCGGCGCAGAAGGAUGACAAAGAUGUGGAGAGAAUAGACGCAGAAGUGGCUGCACUGAAGACGUUGGACGUAACAACUGCUGCGCAGCAUCAUCUGGCCAAAUCGCUCCUGAAAAUAAAGGCUGUAGCGACAUGUCUGGAACUGCCUGUGGAAAUCAGCAAGCCGAAACCCUUACCCUCCGACGCUCCAUCUUUGAACGUGAACGCCCGACUGUGCAACUCAAAUCCGGUGAAGGAGGUGUUCGCACCUGCUAUGACAAGGGUAAAGGCUGUAUUUGGGAUUGUGGACGAGGUUGCCGCUCCGGCGAAGAAGAAGAGGUUAAGAGCGAAGGACUAUGAGAAUGUAGCGGCAGGCGAGAAAGCGGAAGUCAAAGCUGCCGCGGUAGAUACACAGGAGGAGGACGAUAUCGAGGCUAUGGCAGAGAGCGAUGAGCACUCGGACGUUGAGAUGGAUGAUUACCGUGGCCGUCUGGCAUCCUCUGACGAUGAGAGUAACAUGGCAGAGACGUCCGACGUUGAAGAACUUGAGCGUAUGCUGGCUGAGGAAGGACUAUCACGAAAGCCGACUUCGACCAACAAAUACGAUCCUGCAGCCGAUCUGUCCCUCGACGACGCAUCGUCACGAACCGACUCGGAGGGAGAGAUAGAGAAAGCAAAACCCAAGAAAGCAGCAACAACAGCAAUCAAAAAGUCUGCUUUCAUCCCGUCUCUCAGUAUGGGAGGCUAUAUAUCGGGCAGCGGAUCCGAUCUUGACGACGAUCUAGACAUUGCACCGAAGAAGAAUCGCCGUGGCCAACGCGCUCGACAGGCCAUCUGGGAGAAGAAAUUUGGCACCAAAGCUAAGCAUGUGAAGACACAAGAUCGGAAUCAAGGCUGGGAUGCGAAGCGAGGUGCGGUGGGAGGCAGAGAUGAGAAACCGCAUCGAUUUGCAAACGCGGCCAACGCGCAGCCUCUCGGACCCAGGAAAGGAGAGGCCAAGAAGCCGAAGGAGCGCGACGAUACUGGACCGCUGCAUCCCAGUUGGGAGGCUGCGAAGAAGGCGAAGGAGAAGAAGGCCGUUCCGGUGGUCUUUUCGGGUAAGAAGAUUAGCUUCGACUGA